GGCGCGCAGCGGGCCAAGUCCCCGGAGCCGAGCCUUCCUCCGCGCAAGCCCGGCGAGUCUGGCCGCGGAUGCCCUGCCCGGAGUGCUCCGUGCCGCGCCAGGCUUGCCAGGGUCCGCCGCGAGACAUGCCCGAGCCAGGCGCUGCAUCGACCUCGACUUAUCUGUAAGCAGCGGAAGAUCCUGAAGGCACUAACUAAGGUAUCUCCAGGCAACCAAGGAUCUUACCUCUCACACUGAGAAAAACUAUAACUUCAGAGACAUUUCCUGGCUCCAAAUUCAAGUCCUUUCAGAGACCCCUCUACUGAACCAUGGUCAGUAAGGACACCGGCAAAUGCAUACUCACAACGUCGGAGAGUGAAGUGGAACCCGCCGCCUGCCUGGCCCUGGAGAUGAAAUACGCCCUGGACCCCAACCGGCAGAUUAAAAAACGGAACAAAGCCCUGCAGGUGCGGUUUAAGGAUAUCUGCGAGGCACAGAAUGAGCAGAGGGACACACAGCUGUCCUCGGGCCAGUUGGGGGAGAAGCGGGAGGCCAAGCCCGUGUCCUGCAGAGCAGCCUACCGCAAAUACAUGACAGUGCCCGCACGCAGGUCCAUCCCCAACGUCACCAAGAGCACAGGCGUGCAGACCUCGCCCGACCUUAAGAAGUGUUACCAGACGUUCCCUCUGGACCGCAAAAAGGGGAACCUCAAAAGCCUCCCAGUUGCAGAUCCCUUUAAAAGCCAAAACAAUGGGUUUCUAACAGAUGCUAAAGAGAAGAACGAGGCUGGACCCAUGGAGGAGGCCCGGUCAUGUGGCACAGGGCGGGUGCACAAGACCACAGCCUUGGUUUUCCAUUCUAACGAACACAUGAACACAGUGGACCAGCCUUUGGGGGUCAACUGCACAGAGCCCUGUAAAAGCCCGGAGCCGCUCAGCUAUGGAGAAGCUGCGCUCCAAAACUCCACUCGACCCCCAUCCGAAGAGCCUGAUUACCAGCUGUUCGGGAGGGCCAAGCAGGACCGGGGGAGGCCAAACUCCGAGGAGCCCGCUCCACCUGCCCUCAGGAGGGUGUUUAAAACGGAGGUUGCCACCGUUUACACACCUGCCCUCAGUGCCAGGGCCCCUGAGCCUGGUUUGUCAAACUCUGCGGCCGCCAGCCAGUGGUCACUCUGCCCGGAAGAUGAGGAGCGGAGGAGAGCCACACAUCUCAACGGGCUCCAGGCGCCCUCGGAAACUGCCCUGGCCUGCUCACCCCCGAUGCAGUGCCUGUCCCCCGAAUGUAGUGAGCAGCCCUCGCAGACUCACACCCCGCCGGGGCUGGGGAACCAGCCUAGUCCCACAGCGGUUGCUGCAGGUGAAGAAUGCCAACAAAUCGUGCCUCAUACGGAAGUGGUCGACCUCAAAGCACAACUUCAGAUGAUGGAGAACUUGAUCAGUUCAAGCCAAGAAACCAUCAAAGUGCUCUUGGGGGUCAUUCAGGAGUUGGAAAAAGGAGAGGCCCAUCGGGAAGGGCUUUCAUAUCGGACGGGGCAAGACACAGCUAAUUGUGACACAUGCAGGAACAGUGCAUGUAUUAUCUAUAGUGUGGAGCUGGAUUUUAAGCAGCAAGAAGACAAACUCCAGCCAGUUCUGAGAAAACUCCACCCUAUUGAGGAAACUCAGGUCAUACCUUCGCCUUACUCUCAGGAGACUUACUCCUCAACUCCCAAGCAAAAAUCCAAAACUGAAUCUAAAAAGCACGGAAGAUGGAAACUCUGGUUCCUUUAACACUCACGGUCUCUGGAGUCUCGAGGCCGUCUUUAGAACCCACUGGAGUUUAAGUCAAUACUUUUCCAAAACGAAUAGGAUCGAGGGAACUGUGGUGCCCAUUCAGGCACCUCCCACUUCUCGCCCUGCGUACCAAAAAGGCCUUUGUACCAACAGAUAAUUAACAGAAGCAAGGUAUUCUGUGUCACUCCUUGCCAGCUGUUCUUUGCAGUUCACUGAUGUGGGAUGUAAAAUCUGAAAUGAAACUUACGUAGUCAAAGAUGAUAAGUAAAAAUUUCCCCCCACCCCCGAUCUGCAAGUAAUACAUUAUCAACCUGCAAGAUGGCAGGCUUUCACCCUGUACACAGCUACAACUCAUAAUUAUUUUCAAGCCUUGAUUUUUUUUUUUUAUAAUGAGAAGAAAAAGCAAGCCUUAUGUUUGCGAAGGACUUCAUUUUUAUGUUUCAUUUUGCAAAUAAGCAGGGGGCGAGUGCAAUUUUCAGCACAUCAAAUUCCGGAGAAAGCACAAUUUUUUCCAGUGGUCGGAGACCAUGAAUAAUCUCUAAAAUGUGACUAUAUGUAUAUUUGCCUUCAUGUGCUAUAGCGCUAAGCCAAGUGACCACAUCUCAGUGUCACACUGACACCUCAAAUUUAGCAUCCUCUUCAUCUCCAGACUUAUGACAUGUUUACUGCUCAUUUUCCAAAUGGCCAGCAGCCAGGAGUCCCCCAAAGUCAGGAUAUGCCUUUAAUCACUGCAAGUAGACAGGGUCAGAGCUAUUGGACACUAAGUUUUCUCAGAUCUCGUUUUUAAUCUUUUGGUACCCAAAGGCCAAAUGAUACAUUCUGGCAAGAAUCUGAGAACACACAUAGAGAUACACGAUGGAUAAUCCACCCACCAAUAAAUCACAGGCAUUCUGUGCCAUGGCAGACAGUGUUUCUGUGGAUCAAUCCUCUGAGACACUGUUAGCCAUGGUUAAGUGCAGCCAGACAUUACGUACAAUUCGUUAUGCUUUCUAUUAAUGGUGGAAGACCUGACCAUCUCAAAGAGAAACAGCGUGUUUAGUUUAGCUGCUACCAAGGGACAAUGUCGCCUACAUUUAACCUAUUAGUAAGUUGUACUAAACAACAUACUUAGGGGAAAGCUGUGAAUCAAAUGUUUUUAGGUAUUUUUUAAAUCAACAGUAACACUUAGAGUUAUCUCUUGAUUACACAUUGCAAUGUAAAUCUUAGUUCCUUUAUUUUUUCACUCAUUUCUUUGCACCUUUGCAAGUAUCUUUUUAUAGAAAUCAAAUCCCCUAGUCUAUUAAUGACUUUGUCUAUCAAUUUUUUGAUUUUCACAAUAGAAAGUACGGAUAUUACUUUGCCUUUUUUUUGUACAACUUAAAUUUUGAAUAGUUUGUGAGCAUACAGGAAAACCUAGUCUUGAAGUUUCUGUCCAGCAGUUUCACAUCUAGCAGAGUGCUGACAUGCACACCUCAUUGAUUAGAUGCCAAACACACAGUGGCUAACCUUGGUAAAAGGAUCUCACCUGCUUUUAUCAGAUUGGAGCUACUUCUUGCCAUGUAUUUUCCUCCUGACUCAAUAGCAAAUCUGUUUUAGUUCUAAGUGUUUUGAUUCUACAAGGACCUAGUGAUCAGUAAUCAGAUCGGACCUUGAAAACAAAUGAAGAGUAUAUUAUGUAAACAUUCUUCGGGGCCAAACAAUACCGCAGUUGUAUGCUUUAAUUUAAAACACACACGUGCACACACACACGUCUUUUGCGGAAACACUAUAUGAGGUUCGAAUCCCUGAAUAUCAGUAAAAGGAACUGAGAAAUAUUUUUGUGCAAGAACAAUGAGGAAGCUGAUCCUGUAACAUGAAGGAAGUGCAAUUGUUUCCUGUAGACUGAACAUUUAAAAAUGGGUUUCAUGUUUUUUAUACGGUUUUUAACUAAAGUUAUAAAAAUGUUUCCAACAAGUUCUCUCUCCUUAUGUUUUAAGAAUCCCAACUAUCUCAGUAAAUUGAAAUAAGGGUAUUAGCAGUUUUCUAAUUAGUAACAUAAAUCUGUCUAAACAAGAGGACAUCCUAGUACACAAAAUAAUGUCACUGUUUCAUACCAGUCUAGACCAAAAAAAAAAAAAUUAAAUUAAAAUGUUCAGAGUCAAAAAGGAACUUCUGAAGAUAAAUUACUUCCUCCCUAAAAAUUAAAGUAUGUUCAAAAUAGAAAAACUAUUGUCAAAAUCAUUUCAUAGUUUAAUUGCAACACGUCACUAACAGAUGGUGAUUCUUCUCUUGGAAAGAUUCAAGUAAAAACUCUGAUACAAAAGCAAGGUAAAACGCACAGGGUUCCCUUAUGUAGAUGUACACAUGGCAUUGCAUAUAGAGAUUAAAUUAUUAUACUUGUCAUUAAGUUCUUUAUUAAUUUUUAAAUAAAAAAUCAAAGAUGUUU